GCGGGAGGGGGGGUGGGAUUUCGGGGUGCGUACGAGCCCCCAGCCCGGCUCCCCGCCCCCGGGGGGCUGCAGCCGGGGCGGGAUGAAGCGUCUCCAGGCGGGAUCUCUUCCCUUCUCCUUCCCCCGGUGCAAUGGUGGUUUGUGGAGUGCUUGGGGAUUGCCACGGCUGCAAAGUAAUCCGAGCAGCAGCUGGAGGCUCCGCACCGCCUCCCGUGCCCGGCUUCGGGGCUUUGAUUUCACGCAGGGCUCCCUGUCUCCCCCCUCCCCAUCCCCACCCUCCCCCACCACCCUCCCCCGCCCUCCCCUCCCAACACGGCGGGGAGAGGAGAAGCUUUUUGGUCGGGUUCUGGUGCUGGGAAGCUCGCAGGGUUUGCAGCUAACACGAGGAAAAAGGAUCCUGUGCUCCCCAGCCCUGCAGUGAACAGCGGUGUGUGCCACCCCAGCGUCAGACAGAGCUUGGGAAAAAAGGUCAACAAUGCAGUCCCUAGCCUGGUUCAAUUUGCUGCUUCUCCUUCCUUGUUUUGGUACGACCAAAACCUGCUUCCCUGGCUGCCACUGCGAAGUUGAAAGCUUUGGUCUCUUUGACAGCUUUAGCUUGACCAAGGUGGACUGCAGUGGAAUAGGCUCACACAUUGUUCCCGUCCCAAUCCCUCUGGAUACCUCCUACUUGGAUCUAUCAUCAAACAAACUGGAAACAAUCAAUGAAUCAAUGCUUACUGGCCCUGGGUACACCACCUUGGUAAGCCUCGACCUGAGCUACAACAAAAUUGCCAAGAUUUCCUCCACAACCUUCUCCAGGCUUCGGUACCUGGAGUCCUUGGAUCUGAGCCAUAACUCUCUGCAAGUCCUUCCAGAGGACUGUUUCUCCAGUUCUCCUUUGGGUGACAUAGAUUUGAGCCAUAACAAGCUCUUGGAUAUCGCUAUUGACAUUUUUGCUUCAAAAGGUCAAGGAAAAUCCCUGAAUGUGGAUCUAUCCAAUAAUAAGCUCAGCACAAUAACAAGGCACCGUGAGAAGAGCAUCCCCAACAUCCAGAACUUAAAUCUUUCUGGAAACAGGCUAACAUCUGUGCCAAACCUUCAAGGUAUUCCUCUCCGAUACUUAAAUCUUGAUGGGAACCCUCUAGUCAAGAUUGAGAAAGGAGACUUCAUGGGGCUGAAAGAUUUGAUUCAUUUAUCCCUCAGUGGCCUGAGUGGCUUUGGAGAGUUAUCUCCUUACAGCUUCAAGGAGCUACCAGCCCUCCAAGUUCUGGAUUUAUCCAGCAAUCCCAACUUGAAGUCACUGACUGCUGAAGUUAUCUUUGGUCUGAACUCCCUACAAGAGCUCAACCUCUCUGGAACAGGUGUGUCAUCUUUGCCAAAGACUGUGCUGAAAUACCUGCCUUCCAUCAAAAGCAUCACCUUGGGGAAGAACAUACAGUGUCUUAAGACCAUCAAAGAAGGCCAGUACCACCGACAAAUUGGGCUGACCAAAAAAGAGGUCCUCAGUUGCCACGACAGUCACGGCUCCGUAGCAGCAGCACCUUACGUUUCGUGAUGAAAGCUGGGGAGAGGGGGUGGGUGAGGGAGGGGGGCGGGGCGUGGGGUUUGUACAGAUGUCGGACUGAGAUGGCUUGCAGUGUGCCUUUUGUAAAACUGUCAAUAAUUUAUAUAUUUGUAUAUGCCAAUACUUGAUCGUUUGUGAAUUUUAUAAACUCUCAAAAAUCCUGGCCCAUGUCAUCUGCAAGCUCCAGAUUUUACCUGGUGCGUUGAGGUCCUCACGGAGCCGGUUAGCUCAAGAGUGGUGAUGCUGCACAACGGGGACCAAGAUGCUCUGCAGGUCCCAGGGCAGAACAGUUGGCUUGGAGCAAACUUUUGUGCUCCAGACACGUUUGUAGGAGCAAAGCUAUGUCUCUCCAGAGCACACACCAAAAUGUACCAACUUUGUAGCUACUUGCUUAGAAACCCAUGUAUCAUCCUAUUUUUAAUUAUUACUCCCGAAGAAGUGCCUUCUGGAUGUUGCCUUCAUUAGCAGCACCCCGUUCCCUGUCAUGCACUUUCAGUCUUGAAGAAACAUUUCCAGACAAACCUGAAUACAGGGUGCUCCUAAUGUGCUGGUUUUUACAUGUUAUUUGCAUAGGUGUGCAGUGAACGUUGAGUAAGUUGAGAACUUUUCCCACAGUUUUCUCCCUGUUUUCCCGUCUCAAUCCUUUUCAUGUCUAAUUACUUUAGGUCCAACCUUGGCAACCUCCUGUCUUUCUAACCUUAGCGAGCCAUGGCUCAGAGGUGAUGUGCAGCAGAGUAAGGGAAGCAGAGGGGUCUGCCAGCAGUCACAUCUCACCCAGGAACCAGCCUCCGAUGAAGCAAAUUAACUGAGUUGCAAAGCAAAGAGAUCAUGUAGCCUAGCGUAAAUAAAUAAAUAAAUAAAUAGAAAUCCCUCCUCCCUUUCUGGGGAAGCUUGGAAGAAAAUUUUGGCAGGGAUUGUCAUCUUGACAACCUUAUCAAACCAAGAGGCAGACCCAGAAGACGUGUGAGUAAGCUGUUUUUCCAUGAUGACGUUCCUCAUCUAAACACAUCUGCGACUCAGCUGGGCACGUGUGAAGCAAUUUCCAGCACCAAAACGCUCUUCAGAAUGUGCCACGGGAAAAAAUUAACACUGAUUCCUGCAACUCUGGAGUGUUUUGUCUAUCACAGGAAAGAUCUUGGGUUUUUUUUUCCAGAGUUGUGGUUUUUCUUUCUCUCACACAGCUCCUUGGCUGCCAACUGAAAGCUGAUAAAAAGCCUGGUCCUCAGAGAUUUACUCGUUUUUUUCCUCCAUUGCUGAAAUGCUGGCAAAGCAAAGGGGGGCCCCUUUCGUCCCUCUUCUUCCCCAGGCUAGGAGAAAGGGGGAGAAGGCAGCACAGCAUGACUCAAUGCCACGUGUGAAGCCUUCAGCUUGCUUAUAGGAGCUCCUAUAUCUGGCACGCUCUGCCCUGAGGGUGGGAUUUUGUGGAUGGGGGGGUCCUGCUCAGGCUGAUCUGUGCCUGGGUCUCUGAACCCAGCCUUGCAUCAGGGCAACCUUCAGUGUUCGAAAGGGAUUUAGAGAGGUCCAUGCAAAGGUGAUGCAGAUAUAAUACCAUCCGACAACCCUCCUUGGGAGUGUUGGGAGGAGCUCAAACUUCAUCCUCACACCCCCAAAGAUCUUUGCAAAUGGAAACACUGUUGCCCAAAGCAGCUGUCUCCAGGGAUGGCUGAAAUCCACUAAGGCCAUAAAAGCCAAAGUCAGCGCCUCAUUUUAGAUUCUGAAAUCCCUCUCCCACAUUUUCAUCUGUCUCUGGCUCAGUGAUUUGUUUGGGGACCUGAGGGUGGGAUUUUAACCUUUUCUUUCAGUGCUGGGGCUUUUGCCCCUCUGCUGAAUCUUUGCAAUGCUCAACCAGCCUUCACAAUCACAAGAAACACGAUUUUCUUAAAAAGGCAAUGGGACUGCCUACAGCAGGGAUCUGGGGAGGAACAGCAACCCACUGCAGUGCAAGACGGGGGCAGUUUGGGAGGAAGGGGGUGUUUUUUAGUGGAUCUUGCCUUUUUAAGAGAAUUCUUUUCUGCUGGCAGAAAAAGUAAUUUUUAAAAAAAUGUUUAAUUUUAUAAAUCUGUACGUAGAUGAAAAGUUACGGGAUCACAUACUGUUAAAGUUACUGUCUUUGUGCCACUGUGGUAAAUUUAAAACCCAAUGUGACAAUCCAACUGAAGACUGCAAGAUUUCCUUGUGUAAUCUCACACUUGCUGCUGGCUAAACAAGUCUUAGCAAAAGCUGGCAAAUACCGUCGCUGUGUUAGUUUGUUUUUUUUUAAAGAACCUCUGCAGCAUUGUAAGGCUUUGUGAUUACUCACAAUAUAAUAAAGUGAUUUGGAGGAGAAUAAA